AUGAUCCAGCCACUACCUGCAACCAAUGGGCUACGCAAGCCACCGUAUAUCCGCGAAUCUACUCUGGAUGACGCUACCCACAUUGCGGAGCUCGGCACUUAUGUCUUCACUGUCACUUAUAGCCAUUCCAUGCCUUCAUACGAGCUCCAAGCGUACCUGAACAAGGCAUACUCUACCAGAGCAAUCACCAAAGACAUUGAGGAUCCCGCGAAAGAUGUAAUAGUCGCAGUCGACCCAGGCGAUGAGAUCCUGGGAUUCGGCAUUCUUACUCGCGGCACCAGCGACCCCUGCAUUGAUGACCUUGAGAGCAAAGUCGAGCUGCAGCGCUUAUAUGUCCACCCUGAUGCGCACGGAAACGGCAUCGGAAAUCUGCUCGGAAAGAGAAUGGAAGAGAUAGCGAGAGAGCAGGGUUUCAAGAACGUCUGGCUAGGCGUUUGGGAAGAAAACUUAAUUGCCCAAAAGGCGUACCAGAAAUGGGGAUACAAGCGGGUCGGCUACCGCGACUUUGUUAUAGGAGAUAUUACUCAGAUAGGCUUCAUUAUGACGAAGAGCUUGUAA